AUGUUGUCAAGAAUUGUAUCUAACAAUGCAAUGCGUUCUGUGAUGUGCCACCAAGCACAAGUGGGAAUUCUCUACAAGACUAACCCAGUAAGGACCUAUGCUACUUUGAAAGAAGUGGAAAUGCGUUUAAAAUCCAUCAAGAAUAUUGAGAAGAUCACAAAAACUAUGAAGAUUGUUGCCUCUACAAGAUUGAGUAAAGCUGAAAAAGCUAAAGUUUCUGCAAAGAAGAUGGAUGAAGCCGAGCAGCUAUUCUACAAGAACGCGCAGACCAAGAAUUUAGAUGUUGAGGCUACCGAAGAUGCUGCCCCUAAGGAAUUGAUUGUUGCUAUUACCUCUGAUAAGGGGUUGUGUGGUUCCAUUCACUCUCAAUUGGCUAAAGCUGUGAGAAGGCAUUUAAACGAUCAGCCAAGUGCUGAUAUAGUUACCAUUGGUGACAAGAUCAAAAUGCAACUCUUGAGAACUCAUCCUGAUAACAUCAAAUUGUCUAUUAACGGCAUUGGUAAGGACGCCCCAACUUUCCAAGAAUCUGCGUUAAUUGCUGAUAAAUUAUUGAGUGUCAUGAAAGCAGGUACCUAUCCAAAGAUUUCUAUCUUUUACAAUGAUCCAGUCUCUUCACUGUCCUUUGAACCCUCUUCAAAGCCAAUCUUUAACGCAAAGACCAUUGAACAGUCUCCAUCGUUCGGUAAGUUCGAAAUUGACACGGACGCAAAUGUUCCAAGGGAUUUAUUUGAAUACACUUUGGCCAACCAAAUGUUGACGGCGAUGUCUCAAGGUUACGCUGCUGAAAUUUCUGCUAGAAGAAACGCUAUGGAUAACGCCUCCAAGAAUGCCGGUGAUAUGAUUAACCGCUACUCCAUCUUGUAUAACAGAACGAGACAAGCUGUCAUUACUAAUGAAUUGGUUGAUAUUAUUACUGGUGCUUCCUCUUUGGGAUGA